AUGACCAAUUUAGAGGGAGAAAACAAUGCGCUUCCAAACUGUUCACUCUAUUGGGACAGUUAUAUUAGCGUCAGAUUCCUGGAAACAUGUCAGGUGGAUCGAAUGGAGGCAAUUGUGUACCCCAGUUUCGCUCGCCUCUACGUGUCCAUUUCUCUCUCCGUCCUUGGCGCUUUUUUUAACCUGUGGGCUCUCAUACUCCUCCUAUUGGACUAUCACAGUCCCCAUUUAAAGUAUAACCAAUCAAAAAUACACUCAAAAAUCUGUUCCACUGGAACAAAUCACAAGGUUCAGCACACCAGCUCAAGGCGAACCACCAUGCAAGUUGGACUCAUCAUAUUCUGCCUUUUUGAGGUCCUUUACCAUGCCGCUUCUUCCAGCGGUGAAGUAAUCAACCUCUUUGCGUACAAUGCGAUAAAAAAAGGUACCAUUCCUAUGCCAGCUAAUGGGAGUCUCACGUACAUUUACUCGGUUCUACCUCCGGUGUCAAGCUUCUUUAAUUGGAUUCGAGAUACAGGAAUUUGUGGACGCAAUUGGGCUAUCACACUAAUCACAAUCGCAAGAGCCGAGGUGGUUAUCUGGCCGCUUGCGUCACGUUGUUAUCAGAGGUGCUUACGACAAAAACGGUUCUUCCUCCUUCUGAUGUCUUUGUUCGCUCUCACCGGUAUAAUUAUUUCGGGGACACGUCGAUUUGAUCAGAAAAUUAGCGUCUGUUAUAGCACACGACUAUCCUCUUAUUGCAUCUUUUCAGAAGUAUUCCUCCUAUCCAAUUUUAAGCAAUUUUCUGCCGUUUAUUUCUCCUUUCAAACCCUACUUCCUUGGAUGCUCAUUUUGAUCUUCACAACCCUUAUCAUCUUUCAACUAAAGCCAUGCAAAAAGCACUCGGAAAAUUCGAUCCGCCGACUGACCAGUAAAUAUGGAGGUAGAGAUAAUCAUCUUCGUGCUUCGAUUGCAGUUACGGUUAUUGCGGUGUUCUGCACGAUAUUUGAAUUUCCGACAUUUGCUCUGUCCAUGUACUACAUCGCAAGUGAUCCCGAUGAAGCUCUAGAGCUGUGGGAUACAAUUGCAAAUACUCUCCUUCAAAUAGACUCUAUCGCAAAUUUCUUCCUUCUCAUUAUUACUAUGCCAUCUUUGCGAAGGCGUCUACGAAGAUCCUUUCCAAUACAUGCUCAACGGAGGGAGCUCAGCGCUCCCGAACCUCGGACUAUUGUAGCAGACGUGGAGAUAACAUCCAAGGGUAGAGACUGA